CGCGUUUGUUUACAUAAAUUAUUCGCAAACUAAGGUUAUAAAAAAGAUCGGCUGAGCUAACAUGUAUAAAUCUGUUCGUGACACGUUGCAGGCAUUUUCGAAACGCCAACUGACCAACCUAAAUUAUUCGAUCGUCGAACGACUGCGAUCCAAAAACAGUAAAAUUAGUGUUUCAUUUAAACCCGACAGAAGUCAAAGGAGUAAGCGUUUGAAAAAAGUUUCUCAAGUGUUCAAGAAAAGGAAAACAACACGCAUACACGAUAUAUUUUUGGACAGAUUAGUAAAUCCGAUUGUAGGAGUGUUUGUCCCUAGCAUCGAGGGAGUGGAUCAGAUUUCGAAGCUAAGCGAUUUCAGAACCCACCAUGGAUUUUUGGAGAAAAUUGAAGAAACUGAAACUGAAAAUAAUCUUGAAUACACAGAGGGGAAUCCUAAAACAUUCAAUAUGAACAGGGCACUAGAUGGUGAACAAUGUAUAUUAAGUCCGUAUGGUUUUGUGACCACUGAAAAUAAAAUCACCAAACAGGCUGAUCGAAAAUGGUUCAGUAAAAAGAGGAAACCUGCCUACAAGAAUUUAAAUGUGUCUAGUAACAUAAAAGAAUCGAAUAAAUCUUCAUUGAUUGGUUUAGUUUUAGAAAAAAUUAUUUACAAUAAAAUAGAUAACCUUAUUCCAGGCGUAAAAAAUGAACAAAUGUUGGAUUUGUAUGAUUUUAGAGUUCAGAAAGAGAACCACCUCCAAGAUGAUGUUGUUGAAGUAGCACAAAUUAAAAAAUUAGGAGAGCAAGCGUCAGCAUUAGCGACUGUCAAUUCGAACAAAACAAAUGUACUUGAGAACAAUAUAAAUAUAACCUUAGGUCACAGUUUAAACCCUACGAGCUCCAAAGUAAUUGUCAAAGCUCCUGAAAUACUUUCCGUUGAUACUACUCAGACCGCUAGCCCUUCUGCUAAUGAGACAAACGUAAAUAAAGCAACCAAUCAAAGUCAAGAUUUUACAGAAAGCUCGAGAAAAACAGACACAUUCAAACCAACAGCUAUUGCAAACAAUAAAGAAACAUCUGCGUCCAAACCAACAAGUAUUACAAACAGUAAAGAAACAUCUGCGGGUGUAGACUUGUCUUCAAUAUCCAAAGACACAAAAGAGAAUAUAACUAGCCAAAAUGACAAACAAAAGCCUAAAGAUACUAUAGUACAAAAUCCCAAGAGGAGUUCAGCUAAAAUGGCGAGUCCUGAAGGUAGCAGAGCAGAAACCAUUGCAAAAACAAAUCCGACAAAUAAAAACAAUAAAUCGAAAUUAAUAGUCAGUGACAAUAAAAAGAAUUUGAAUGAGGUGCAAAAUAUAAAUAAGACAAACAAGACUGAGAGCUCUUCUUCAAGCAUAUCAUGCGAUCGUAAUCGUUCACAAACGAUUGCUGUAGGGAGAAAGGAGCUCGACACAUCACCUAAUAUUGAAGUCAAGAAACCCCUUCCAAUUACUUCAUCUAAUCUUGAUUCUCGGCAAAAACCUACUGAAACUACAAACAGCAACAUUGUCAAUCCAGAACAUUUAGCUGUUCCAAAUAAACAAAAUGUCAAAAAAAUAGGUAGAAGAAUUAAAAGGGACAAACAAAUCGUAAGUCGCAUAAAUAUGUCAAAUAAAUCCUCAUCGUUUGUAAAGCAUCAUGUGAAGGAAAAGGUUUUAAAGACAAAAAAAUUGAAGGCUGAUUUGAGUAAAGGCCAAGAUAUUAAACAGAACUUAAAACAGCCAAAAAACCUUGAACAACCAGCUGUAGUGUCUGUAAAUUCUAACGUAGAUACGAGUGGAGGUACUGAAGAAGUUCCUGAAGUUAAUAUUGAGAGUACUUUAAAAUUAGAUCCUAAUAUGAAAACUUCUUCACGUAUUGUCGAAUCAAAUGAUAGUGAUGCCUUAAAACUGAAUAACGAAGAAGACAAGAAACCAGAUGUCCAACAAGUAAACAGUCUGACUGCUGGUGCUAAGUCAGCAGUUCCUGAAGAUAAUAUCAAGACUGUCUUCGUCUCUUUCAACACAUCUGAUGAUGAAGCGCAAUUCAUUGAGAGGGAACAACUCGUUGGGAAUAGUAUAAAAAGUGAACUUAUUAACCUCAAUAUGGUAAUAGAGUCUGAAAAUAAAAGAAAACCUGAUGAUAAAGAAAAAGUUAAAGUCGUGGAAAAAGAAAAUGUUGAUAAGAAAAAACCUGUUAGCAAAGCUAGCUUCCUCGCAGAAAAGGCUAAGUUGAGACCUUGGAGAAGAAGAAAAGGUUCAAUAAGAAGCAAGAAUAGUAAGCCUAAACUUGAUGCAAAUGUGACUGAUGCUGUUGAGUCAAACAUAUCCGAAAAACUUCCGAAAGCCACGAAGAGUCCGGUGUUAAAAGAUUCACAGAUACAAAGUUUAAAUGAAAAUGAUAAGAAUGUUGAUUUGGAAUCCCACAACCUAUCCGUAAAUAAAACUCAAAGUUCCGACGCUAAAGAUUUAACUUUUAAAAGCAAUUUAGGUGCUCCUAAGGAAAAUCGUAGUAAAAAAUUAAAUAAAGAAGAAUUUCAUCCAAACGAAAUCCACAAAAAUGCAUUAACUUCAAAAAACAGAAAUAACGAUAUUAAUGAAAAAUAUAAAUUGGUGCAAAAAGCUCGUAUAAAAUCUAGAGAAGAAAUUAAAGCGCAAGAAAAGUCUAAAGUUAAGCCAACAAAUACUAAUAUAAAGGAUGUGGCCCCAAAACAGAUCAAUAAAAACUUAAAUGAAGAACUUAAAUCGAAUGUUGUUAAGCCACUUAAUAAAAAGGAGUUUGUAAAGUUAAACUCUCCAGUAAAAAUGAGUGAAAAUAAAAUUAAAAGGCCGGCUACAACAAAGGAACAAGAUAGACGUAAAAGUGAUUACAAUGACGAAAAGCCACGUAGUGUUUCAAUAAAAAAUAACACAGGAAAGGAUUUAAAUAUUAACCCAAUAAAUAAGAAGGAAAUUGCGAGUGAAACAUUCCUAAAAGGAAAAACGAAAAAGGAGCAAGAAUUAAAGCAAAAAACAUUAACCAACCAAACUGUAAAUCAUUUAACAAUAACCAGCCAAACCCAGAAUGUAAAAAACAAACAAACUAAGAGCAAAAGUUCAGAUUCCCCUAAGAAAAGAGAAAAUCUUGUGAUAGAUAAAAUAAACAAUCCACAAGUUACUAUGAAAAAUAAGCGAAAACCAGAAAAUGCUAAAGUCACUUCUGCUGAAUCCCAUAAUAGAACAUUUACACCGAGAAGUUCAAAAUCUAUAGAAUCAAUUCGUCCUCCUCUAAAUGUGCCUAAGAAUCAGAAAGUUCAAAACAGUUUCAAUAACUCAAACCAGAAAGCUAUUUCAACUAGUACAAAUUCAAAAAUGCCUUCUAUGCCAAUGAAAGCCUUGCGAGAAGAAUUGAAACCAACCGCCAGAGACGUUAGUACAGCAGACAAAAGUGCAACUAUUAAUCAAAAAGGUUUCGCAAAUAACAAAUCAGUAAACGAAACAGCUUUGGCAGUAAGUUCGAAAUCAAACAAGCGGACUAGUAAUCAAAUCCUACAGAAUUUGGUAAAAAGAAAGUAAAGAGAGAAGCAAACCAAUAUUUUCCAGGAACAGUGCUGCUUAAUACUUAAACAAAUAUGUAUAAUAGUGUCUAUCUUCCAUAUACGAAAAAAUAUUUAUUUUAAAUUUAGGAGUUAACUAUUUAUGGAAAAGCUGUACUUAUUUAAAUAAACCUUAGUAAUUCCCGAGUAUUUGGUAAAUUGCUCAUUACAUAAUUUUUAUUUUAAUGAGAAAUUUAAUAUUAAUAAAAUCUCUGGCUCAGUCUUGUACAUAA